UCCAUUGAUCCAGUUUUCUCUCCACGUGUGAAAAAUAUAUUUGGCCGACUGCUGCGGAACAAAGCCUCCGAUUUCUAAGAGAAUUUACAGACAGGUUCAGGAAGAUUCAGAGAAGCAAUAGGAUCAUUUUUGGAUAGAUCUGUAGUCGUCGUACAAAAUACUCAGAGUUUUAUUUGUCGCACAUUUUCUUAGCGAAAAUCUUUGCAAAACAACACGUGGUGUUCUAAAGGUUUUUUGGUGCAAACUGCGGCUUACAAUGGCGGCUAAUUUGAUUUUAGAAGAUGGUACUUCUUAUACUGGGAAGUCAUUUGGGGCUGAAAUAGACAUGGCUGGUGAAGUUGUAUUUCAGACAGGUAUGGUUGGCUACCCGGAAUCUCUAACAGAUCCGUCUUACAGCUCACAGAUCCUUGUUUUGACCUAUCCCCUUAUUGGGAACUAUGGCAUUCCAGACCCUGAGAAGGAUGCUCUUGGACUGAGCAGAUGGUUUGAGUCGUCCAAGAUCCAUGUGGCAGCUUUGAUUGUGGGUGACUAUACAGAGGCCUAUAGUCACUGGAGUGCCAAGAAAUCUCUGCAUGAUUGGCUGAAAGAGCAUAAUAUUCCAGCCAUUUAUGGCAUUGACACAAGAUCUCUGACCAAAAAAAUCAGGGAAAAUGGGACCAUGCUUGGAAAGGUUAUUCAACAUGCAACAAAUCCAGACAGCAUUCCAUUUGAUGACCCUAACAUCAGAAAUCUGGUGGCUGAGGUCUCAGUAAAGGAACCAAUUGUUUACAACCCAAAGGGAGAUGUGAAGAUUGUUGCAGUAGACUGUGGGAUCAAAAAUAACCAAAUUCGUUGUCUCUGUGAGCGGGGAGCAUCAGUGAAAGUGGUGCCUUGGAAUUAUAAAUUAGAGUCAUCAGAAUAUGAUGGCCUUUUCCUCAGCAAUGGACCUGGCGAUCCAAAGAUGUGUGCUGAAACCAUAGCUAAUGUAAAGAGAGUGAUAAAAGAGGAAGACAACAAGCCAGUAUUUGGAAUAUGUCUUGGUCAUCAGCUCUUGUCUUCUGCUGCAGGGUGCAAGACCUAUAAAUUGAAGUAUGGUAACCGUGGGCAUAACCAACCUUGCACACACACCAGCAGCAAGAGGUGCUUUAUCACUACUCAGAAUCAUGGGUUUGCUGUUGAUGUUGAAACCAUGCCAAAGGAUUGGUCCAUACUUUUCACCAAUGAAAAUGAUAAGAGCAACGAAGGAAUAGUUCACAAUUCCAAACCAUUCUUCAGUGUCCAGUUUCAUCCAGAGCACAUGGCAGGUCCCAGAGACCUAGAGCUGCUGUUUGAUGUCUUCUUAGAUCAUGUCAGGAUGCACAAGAAAGGAAGAGAUGACAUGUCAAUCAAUGACAGAAUCAACCAUAAGCUGGCCUACACCCCUCCUCCACAUGUGCUGACCAAUGUGAUGUCCAAGCCAAGGAAAGUCCUCAUCCUGGGGUCAGGUGGACUGUCCAUUGGUCAGGCUGGAGAGUUUGACUACUCUGGAUCUCAGGCUAUCAAGGCAUUCAAGGAGGAACGUAUCCAUACUGUUUUGAUAAACCCAAACAUUGCUACAGUGCAAACCUCAAAGGGAAUGGCAGACAAAGUGUAUUUUUUGCCUCUUACAGCUGACUAUGUCACAGAGGUCAUCAAAAGUGAAAGACCAGAUGGAAUUCUCCUUGCCUUUGGUGGCCAGACAGCUCUGAACUGUGGAGUGGAGCUGAAAAAUAGGGGUGUGUUUGAAAAAUACAAUGUCCGAGUUUUAGGCACACCAGUGACAUCUAUUGAAUGGACAGAAGAUCGUAAAAUUUUUGCGGAGAAGAUGGAGGAGAUCAAUGAACACGUAGCACCCAGUGAAGCAGCUUACACAAUGGAACAGGCUCUGGAGGCAGCAGAAAAACUGGGCUACCCUGUCAUGAUAAGAGCCGCCUUUGCCUUAGGUGGCCUGGGAUCUGGGUUUGCCAAUAACAAGGAGGAGAUGGCCUAUCUCACCAGUAUGGCAUUCAAACACACUAACCAGGUGCUGGUGGACAAGUCACUGAAAGGAUGGAAAGAAGUGGAGUAUGAAGUGGUCAGGGAUGCCUAUGACAACUGCAUUACAGUUUGUAACAUGGAGAAUGUUGACCCACUUGGAAUCCACACUGGAGAGUCCAUCGUCGUUGCUCCCAGUCAAACGCUGACCAACAUUGAAUACAACAUGCUGCGCUCAACUGCAAUCAAGGUGAUCCGCCAUCUUGGGAUUAUUGGAGAGUGCAAUAUUCAGUAUGCAUUGAACCCAGAAUCUCAGCAAUAUUUUAUCAUAGAAGUCAAUGCCAGACUUUCCAGAAGUUCUGCCCUUGCCAGUAAAGCAACAGGGUAUCCUCUAGCCUAUGUAGCGGCCAAGUUGGGAAUGGGCAUCCCUCUGCCUGUGCUGAGAAAUUCUGUGACUGGCUCCACAACUGCUUGCUUUGAACCAAGCCUAGAUUACUGUGUGGUCAAAAUUCCUCGCUGGGACCUAAAGAAAUUUUCAAGAGUUAGCACAAAGAUUGGCAGCUCCAUGAAAAGUGUUGGAGAAGUAAUGGCAGUAGGCAGAAAAUUUGAGGAAGCCAUUCAGAAGGCCUUGAGAAUGAUGGACGAGAACUGUACAGGUUUUGAUCCCUACAAGAGCAAGGGGAAAGUGUCUGAGGAGGAACUCUACAACCCAACCUACAAGAGGAUUUUUGUUUUAGCAGCAGCUAUACGUAGUGGUUAUGACACUGAGAAACUCUACAGCUUAACCAAGAUCGACCGCUGGUUUCUUCACAAGUUUAAGAACAUCAUUGACUGUGUUAUUCAGUUGGAGCAAUUCAAGAAACAGGAUCUGACCCAUGAUGUGUUAUUUGAGGCCAAGCAACUUGGAUUUUGCGACAAGCAGAUAGCCAAAUUCACUGAAAGCACCGAGCUAGUGAUCAGAAAGAAGAGAAUAGAUUUUGGUGUCACUCCCUUCAUCAAGCAAAUAGAUACAGUGGCAGCUGAAUGGCCUGCCUCCACCAACUACCUGUACCUCACCUACAAUGCAGCAGCCCAUGACUUGGACUUUCCAGGGGGCUAUACCAUGGUGCUGGGUUCGGGGGUGUACAGGAUAGGCAGUAGUGUGGAAUUUGAUUGGUGUGCUGUUGGAUGCAUCAUGGAACUCAGAAAGCUUGGCAAGAAGACCAUAAUGGUGAAUUACAACCCAGAGACAGUGAGCACAGACUAUGACAUGUGUGACAGACUUUACUUUGAUGAAAUCUCAUUUGAGACUGUUAUGGAUAUCUAUAACAUUGAAAACCCAGAGGGUAUCAUAUUGUGUAUGGGAGGCCAGCUGCCCAACAAUAUAGCUAUGGAUCUGCACAGGCAGCAGGCAAGAAUACUGGGUACCUCAGCAGAGAUGAUUGACAAUGCUGAGAACAGGUUCAAGUUCUCAAGAAUGUUGGACAACAUAGGAAUCUCACAGCCGCAGUGGAAGGAGCUGACAGACCUUGCCAGUGCCAAAGCCUUUGGAGAAAAAGUGGGCUACCCUUGUCUGGUUCGUCCAUCCUAUGUGUUGAGUGGAGCAGCCAUGAAUGUUGUCCAUUAUGACUACGAUCUUGAGGCGUAUCUCACCCAGGCAGGACGUGUGUCUAAGGAACACCCUGUUGUCAUAUCAAAGUUUAUUCUAGAAGCAAAGGAAAUAGAUGUAGAUGUGGUAGCAUCAGAUGGUGAGGUGAUAUGCAUGGCAGUGUCCGAACAUGUUGAGAAUGCAGGUGUGCACUCGGGUGAUGCCACCCUUGUCACCCCUCCACAAGACUUGAAUGAAGAAACUCUACAGAAGAUCAAACUGAUUAGCUGUGCUAUAGCCAGAGAGCUAGAAGUAUCUGGUCCAUUCAAUUUGCAGCUAAUUGCAAAGGACAACCAACUGAAAGUCAUUGAGUGUAAUGUCCGUGUGUCCAGAUCAUUCCCCUUUGUCUCGAAGACACUGGGUCACAAUUUCAUUGCCUUGGCAACACAGGUCCUUGCUGGCCAGAAACCAGAGGCUAUCAAUGUUCUUAAUGGAGUUGGAAAAGUUGGUGUGAAGGUGCCUGUGUUUUCUUAUGCACGCCUGGCUGGAGCUGAUGCCCUGAAAGGAGUAGAGAUGGCAAGCACAGGGGAAGUGGCAUGCUUUGGAGAGGACAGAUAUGAAGCAUAUCUUAAAGCUCAACUCAGCACAGGAUUCACCAUUCCAAAGAAGAACAUUCUUUUGUCAAUUGGAAGUUACAAGAGUAAAAGUGAGCUGCUGGGCAGCGUCCGCACCCUGGAGAACAUGGGUUAUCAGCUGUAUGCUAGUCUGGGCACUGCAGACUUCUACUCGGAACAUGGAAUAAAGAUCAAGGCGGUAGAGUGGCCAUAUGAAGACAAUGGUGCUGCUUCAGCACCAAGAAAUGGUAGUGGCGAUGAUGACCGUCGCCGUGAUGACCAGAGAAGCAUAGCAGACUAUCUGGCUGACAACCACUUCCAUCUGGUGAUUAAUCUUCCAAUGAGAAAUAGUGGAGCUAAGAGGGCUUCCACAUUCGUCACCCAGGGAUAUCGCACUAGACGCAUGGCUGUGGAUUACUCUGUGCCAUUGAUCACAGAUAUCAAGAUUGCCAAGCUCUUCAUUGAGUCCCUGAGAAGAAUUAAGGGUCCUCCUCAGUUGAAAACACAUGUUGACUGUAUGUCUUCUAGAAAAGUUUUACGCAUUCCAGGACUGAUUGAUGUCCAUGUUCAUCUGCGUGAGCCUGGUGCCACUCACAAGGAAGACUAUGCCUCUGGCACUGCAGCUGCUCUUGCUGGAGGUGUGACCAUAGUUCUGGCCAUGCCUAACACACAGCCAGCAAUUGUGGACCAGGCUUCACUGGUCCUUGCUCAGAAGCUUGCCAGACAAGGUGCCCGUUGUGACUAUGGCAUUUACCUGGGAGCCAGUGCAGAGAAUGCUACAGAAUUACCAGCUCUGGCUUCAGAGUCCAUUGGACUGAAGAUGUACCUGAACGAGACUUACACCACACUCAGACUGGAUGAUGUCACUGUGUGGAUGAAGCAUUUUGAGAAUUGGCCCAAAGACAUGCCAAUUGUGUGUCAUGCUGAACUGAGGACUGUUGCGGCAGUCCUGCUCUUGGUGGACCUUUAUCAAAGACCUGUGCACAUUGCACACGUGGCCAGGAAGGAGGAGAUUCUCAUCAUCAGAGCAGCUAAGGAAAGGGGACUCCCUGUGACAUGUGAGGUGGCCCCACAUCACCUGUUUUUGACGGCGUCAGACAUUAACCGAAUUGGAGAAACAAGGGCCCAUGUUCGGCCAAUGAUUGCCAAUGUGGAGGAUCAAAAGGCAUUGUGGGAUAAUAUAGACAUUAUUGAUUGUUUUGCAACAGAUCAUGCCCCACAUACAGUUGAUGAGAAGAACAACCCCAAGCCUUGUUUUGGUUACCCUGGCCUGGAGACCAUGCUGCCUCUAUUACUUACUGCUGUCAAUGAUGGACGACUUACAAUGGAGGAUAUUGUCACUCGUCUGUACACAAAUCCCAAGAAAAUAUUCAAUAUACCAGACCAACCAAAUACAUAUGUUGAAGUUGACAUGGAGACUGAGUGGACCAUCCCCAAUGCUAUGAAGUUCACAAAAUCAAAAUGGACGCCAUUUGCUGGCAUGAAAGUGAAGGGCACAGUAAGGAGGGUGGUUUUGAGAGGGGAAGUUGUGUUCAUUGAUGGUGAGGUGUUAGCCAAGCCAGGGUAUGGUAUGGAUAUUAAUCUCCUGCCAAAAGCACCCCACCAGGGUCCUAGACAGCUACUGGGUCUAGCUGGCAAGCAACAUGGUCCUCUAAUGCCUGCGCCGCUUACAACAAGCAUUCCAUCAGUGCCUGGGGUACUCCCUGGACCAUUAUCUGAACCAGCAAGUCCCAUCAGAAAGCAUGUUGACAUUCCUAAGUUUCAUCUCCCACCAAAGAUGUCACGUGCUCUUAAUGUAGAUGUGAUGUAUGGAAAUACCACUCUGCAUGGAAGUUUGUUGGUAGUACGAGAUCCUUGUAGUUUACUACCUGGGCAGAUUACGGCAGGUGCUGAGGGUAUUAUUAAUAGGACAGAUCUGCACACACCAGGAAGUAGAGAGACAAAAGAGACCAGUUCAGGUGGAGGUGGUGGUGAUGUAGUUUUGACCAGGAGUGGAGUGACCCCUCCACACCCCUACUAUGCCACGCCCACCUCCACUGCCCAAUACAUUUCUGGCAUCACAGGACAGCAUACGCUGUCUGUGCAUUCCUUUAACAAGGAACAUCUCCACCAGCUAUUUAACUUGGCCCACAGCAUGAGAAUUGCAAUUCAGAAGGAAAGGACACUAGACUACAUACUGAAGGGCAAAGUCAUGGCAUCCAUAUUUUAUGAGGCCAGCACUCGUACAAGCUGCUCCUUUGCAGCAGCGAUGCAGAGACUUGGUGGGAGCAUCAUUGGAAUGGAUUCCAGCACAUCUUCUGUGACGAAGGGAGAAACCUUGGAAGACACUCUUCGGGUUCUGGCUGGCUACAGUGAUGUCAUUGUACUUCGCCAUCCAGAGGUUGGAGCUGUCACUAGAGCAGCCAAGUUUAGUCGCAGGCCUAUCAUCAAUGCUGGAGAUGGAUCAGGAGAACACCCUACCCAGGCUUUACUGGAUGUGUUCACCAUCAGAGAGGAGAUUGGUACUGAUAUUGUCACUCGUCUGUACACAAAUCCCAAGAAAAUAUUCAAUAUACCAGACCAACCAAAUACAUAUGUUGAAGUUGACAUGGAGACUGAGUGGACCAUCCCCAAUGCUAUGAAGUUCACAAAAUCAAAAUGGACGCCAUUUGCUGGCAUGAAAGUGAAGGGCGCAGUAAGGAGGGUGGUUUUGAGAGGGGAAGUUGUGUUCAUUGAUGGUGAGGUGUUAGCCAAGCCAGGGUAUGGUAUGGAUAUUAAUCUCCUGCCAAAAGCACCCCACCAGGGUCCUAGACAGCUACUGGGUCUAGCUGGCAAGCAACAUGGUCCUCUAAUGCCUGCGCCGCUUACAACAAGCAUUCCAUCAGUGCCUGGGGUACUCCCUGGACCAUUAUCUGAACCAGCAAGUCCCAUCAGAAAGCAUGUUGACAUUCCUAAGUUUCAUCUCCCACCAAAGAUGUCACGUGCUCUUAAUGUAGAUGUGAUGUAUGGAAAUACCACUCUGCAUGGAAGUUUGUUGGACAAACCUGUAGAAGGACAUCUGCCAGAAUUCAGAGCAGAUCUGCACACACCAGGAAGUAGAGAGACAAAAGAGACCAGUUCAGGUGGAGGUGGUGGUGAUGUAGUUUUGACCAGGAGUGGAGUGACCCCUCCACACCCCUACUAUGCCACGCCCACCUCCACUGCCCAAUACAUUUCUGGCAUCACAGGACAGCAUACGCUGUCUGUGCAUUCCUUUAACAAGGAACAUCUCCACCAGCUAUUUAACUUGGCCCACAGCAUGAGAAUUGCAAUUCAGAAGGAAAGGACACUAGACUACAUACUGAAGGGCAAAGUCAUGGCAUCCAUAUUUUAUGAGGCCAGCACUCGUACAAGCUGCUCCUUUGCAGCAGCAAUGCAGAGACUUGGUGGGAGUAUCAUUGGAAUGGAUUCCAGCACAUCUUCUGUGACGAAGGGAGAAACCUUGGAAGACACUCUUCGGGUUCUGGCUGGCUACAGUGAUGUCAUUGUACUUCGCCAUCCAGAGGUUGGAGCUGUCACUAGAGCAGCCAAGUUUAGUCGCAGGCCUAUCAUCAAUGCUGGAGAUGGAUCAGGAGAACACCCUACCCAGGCUUUACUGGAUGUGUUCACCAUCAGAGAGGAGAUUGGUACCGUCAAUGGUCUGACAGUGACAAUGGUUGGGGAUUUGAAGCAUGGGCGUACUGUACAUUCUUUGGCACGCAUACUUACCCUGUAUAGAGUGAAACUGGUGUAUGUUUCCCCACCAAACUUGAAAAUGCCUCAAGAAGUUGUAGAGUAUGUUAAGUCCAGGGGCAUAAGGCAGGAAGAGGCUAAUGCCCUGGAGCAGGCACUGCCAGAGACUGAUGUCCUCUAUAUGACCAGGAUCCAGAAGGAAAGGUUCCCAUCAGAGGAGGAGUAUAACAAGUCCUGCGGUCAGUUUGUGGUGACCCCACAGUUGAUGACCAAGGCCAAAAAGAAGAUGGUGGUCAUGCAUCCUCUUCCUCGGGUAUAUGAGAUUGACCCAGCAUUUGAUACAGAUCCAAGAGCUGCAUACUUCAGACAGGCAGAAUAUGGCAUGUUUGUAAGAAUGGCUCUGCUGGCUGCAGUCAUGGGACGGUUCUGAAGAUACUGCUAUAGCAAACUUCUAUGGAAACGGGAGUCUGAAUGAAUAUAGUUCUAUUGACAUGUUGUUUUUUUUUUCAUUUAAUUGUCUCACAAAAAAUUUGCCAAUGUUAAGAUUUGUUGAUUAUGAGCUUUUGCUGCUUCAUUAGAUGUUUAUCCAUGAGGAAAUUGCGUCUCUUGCGACACAGUUUAU